AUGACUUGCUCGAUCUACUGGAUGGUGUCUAUUCGUUUAAUACACUUAAUGCUCUUACCACAUUCACAACGACAUGCACUAACAUUAAAAUAUUUCUUAUAUAAAUUUGUUUGGUUUGUGUUGCCAGUGUCAAGGAAUACGAAAGCUCAACGAUCGCCAUUUGAACUAUUUCUUCACGUCACAUAUCAUCUUUUACUUGCCGUAGGAAAGUUGUUUGUUACUGACGUGAUAUAUUACUGGCUAUUACAAUGUUUAGAACGAAUUGGUGGAGGAGAUGCACUGAAAGAAAAUUAUUUUUUGACGAUUCAAUAUAUAGCCAUAUUCUAUGUAUCAGUUUGUUGUGGAACAUUUUUAAAUGAUGCUCAAAUUGCGUUAAUUUCACUCAUAACAUUGGACAAAUACGAAGUAUUGCCAUUCAACGACUGGCCUGUCCUGUCCUUGACUCCUCGAGAAUUUUGGGGAAAACGCUAUAACAAGCUAGUUAGUCAUCUGUUACGCGAAUCGGUCUUCGAACCAUUACGAAAUCAAUUUCAUCUCUCUUCGUCUUAUGCAGCAUUAGGUGCUUUCAUCGUUAGCGGUAUGUUACAUCUCCAUGUCGCAAAAGUCGGCUUCAAUGGGAACAUGUUUGCUGCAUUAUUAUUCUUCGUUCUGCAAGGCGUCGCCUGUACUCUCGAAGUACGUUUCGAUAUGAAAAAGUUACCGAAAAUAGUGUCUAUGUUUCUUACGCAGACUGUUCUUUUAGUCACAUCACCACUUUAUCUGGGAUUAUUUAUUUACGCAAGUCCGACGUUUCUUCAAAAUAACCCACCCGACUUUAGACUGCCAUUUCAAAUACCAGUACCAGACUAUUGCCCAUCGUGA